AUGAGUGAGACAGCAUACCUCAGAAAUAACUUUACUAAACUAGAAAAGGCAAAGGAAACCCCACAAAAUAAAGUCCCAAAGAUACAAAAGGUAGCAAGUUAUCUCCGAGAUCGAGAGCACUCGAAGAACCAUUACUUACCCAGGUUAGUUUCAAUUGGUCCAAUCGAUCAUGGUAAACGGAAGCUGGAGCUGGGAGAAAAAUACAAGCUUAUGUGGACAGCAAAGUACCUUCAACGCACCAAACAAGAUGGUCCAACUCUGUACCAAAAGAUUGCAUCAAAUAUCAAACAUUUGAAAGAACAGUUUGCUGAGGAUGUCAUUAGAGACUUCGAUGGUGAUGAUGAAAAGCUGUCGUGGACGCUAUUUGUGGAUGGUUGCUCUCUGCUACAAAUCUUGGAGAAGGCAAACCUCGAGGAUCGAAAAGAAAUGAAUCUUAAGGUUGACCAACUGGUUCUUGUGUGCCAGGAUGUGCUUUUGCUAGAGAAUCAACUUCCCUAUGAAGUGCUUAAACUCUUGUCAGGCCACCAGAAUGAUGACACACUGGUAAACAGCAUGAACAAGUUUCUUGAGUUCCAUCAUUUACCAGCAGCAAAAGAUCAAUGCAUAGGCAAGUAUAAUAACAAGGAAGGAGACAGAGCAUUGGAUGAAGAUGGGUAUGCCAGCGUUUACGUAAAUGAAGAGACCCUUGAUGAACGCAAGGACUUACCUUUUCAUCUUCUCGAUAAGUUUCACAGACGUGUGGUAGGUGACUCCCAACAUCAAAAUCAGGACUUAACCAUGAUGAGCACAAAAAGGUGCUUCGACACGACAACGUACAGGAACAUAAAGGAGCUGAGAGAAGCGGGUAUUAAACUGAGGUUAGGAAAAUCACGCAGGCUGAGAGACAUCGUCUUCUCUUAUCGCUCGAAUUUUCUGUGGGCCGAACUUAUACUUCCUGAGAUCACGGUUGACGACACAACAGCUACAACUUUUCACAACCUGAUAGCGUAUGAGAUGUGUCCAGAUUUUGAGAACAACUUCGAGAUUAGUUCCUUUGUGGCAUUCAUGGACUCGCUUAUUGACCAUCAUGAGGAUGUGAAGGAGCUGAGAUUAGCAAAGGUUCUGCACAAUUCGCUUGGGAGUGAUGAGGAAGUGUCACAGCUCUUCAACACCAUAAGCGCCGACUUGGUGCCCAACUGUGCGAUCUAUUCGGGUGUUAGACGACAGAUUGAAAACCAUUAUAAGAAGAAAUACAGGGCUUGGAUUGCUCUUGGUUAUCAUACUUAUUUUAGUAACCCUUGGGCAUUCAUUGGUUUUCUUGCUGCCAUUUUUGCCCUAGUUCUCACUUUCAUCCAAGCUUGGUUUGCCAUUCACCCUAAAUGCUGAAAUUUCUUUCUUACUUUUCAAUCUCUCCCACAACAUUUCGUUAUGCGUUUUGCUACUCUUUUCUAAUCAAAAUUAAG